AUGAAUUGUCCAUCUCGGCCCGAUGAGCCAGCAGCGCACGACGGUUGGAAUCAGAACCCUUCGAAAUUAGCUGCAGAUGUCACGACAAGGCAAGACCUCAACGGCAUAGUCAACCUUCGGACCGGACAGGACUCCGUCAAAGAAGCCGAGGAUGCGCGCGGAGGCUCGCAAAUAGAUGGCCCCAAUGACUAUCAUCGGAUUGCCGACCCCGACGGUACAUCGUCCUUUCGCCAGCGUAUAGGCACAUCACGGUCCAUUCAUACUGUCAAGUCAUUCCCGGAAAUACGACCUGCCAAAACCCAUGGCAGCGUAGAGCCAAGAGGUGAAUUUCCAUUCCUCGGAAACAUUUCCCCCCCUCGCUUUCCCUCCAGCUUCUUUCUGCGCAUCUGGAGGACCCUGGCUAAAUUCUGCGGAUUCAUCGGACCUGGAUUCAUGAUAUCAGUGGCCUACAUUGAUCCUGGGAAUUAUUCUACAGAUGUGUCAGCUGGAGCUGCUACAAAGUAUAAGCUGCUGUUCAUCGUUCUCUUGUCCAACGUCUUCGCUAUUGUCCUGCAGUCCUUGGCUGUACGCUUAGGAACAGUGACUGGCCUCAACCUCGCGCAGCACUGUAGAGCCCACCUUCCAAGGUGGCUGAACAUCGUUCUCUACAUUGUCGGAGAGUGCGCUAUCGUUGCAACCGAUAUUGCCGAGGUCAUUGGUUCCGCCAUCGCGCUCAACUUAUUGAUAAAAGUACCUCUCGUCUGGGGUUGCGUUAUCACCAUUUUUGAUGUGCUCAUCAUUCUCAUUUUCUACAGCCCCAAUGGUUCUACGCGCCGGUUGCGUGCUUUCGAGUACUUUAUUAUAAUCCUAGUUUUAGGCGUAGUAGUAUGCUUCUGCAUUCAGCUUUCUUACAUCCGAGAUGCUUCUGUGCGUGAAGUGCUUGAUGGAUUCGUUCCAUCUUCUGCUAUCGUCAAAGGCCAAGGCAUCUAUCUUAGUUGUGGUAUACUCGGUGCCACCGUAAUGCCACAUAGCUUGUACUUGGGUAGUGGGCUAGUUCAACCGCGGCUCAUCGACUUUGAUAUCGCGGCUAGGAACUACAGCGGUCCGGAUGUGACAGAUCGCAGCAACAAGAACCUGUACCGACCAUCUCUGGCUGCCAUCCGCUCAUGCCUGUCAUACUCUACCGCAGAGGUCAUCAUCUCGCUCUUCACUUUCGCACUCUUCGUCAACAGCGCCAUUCUCAUCGUUGCCGGUGCUUCGCUCUCCUCGAGUUCUGCAGCUGAAAGUGGCAAUCUAUUUGGUAUCCAUGACCUUCUGUCCACGACACUCGCGCCUGUUGCUGGAACAAUCUUCGCUCUUGCCCUACUCUUGUCCGGUACUUCCGCCGGCAUUGUUUGUACAAUAGCAGGCCAGAUGCUCAGCGAAGGAGCUUUGCAAUGGAAAGUUGCGCCAUGGGUGCGGAGAUUACUUACACGAUCUAUCAGUAUUGUACCCAGCAUCAUUGUCGCUGGAGCAGUAGGCAAGGAGGGCCUCUCAGCAGCACUGAACGGGACCCAAUUCGCGCUCAGUAUUGCCCUGCCAUUCAUAUCAGCACCGCUCAUCUAUUUCACUUGUCGAAACAAAUAUAUGGUUGUUGGUGGCACGGAGUCUGUAGAAGGGGAGGAGAUGGGGCAGGAACUGCAGCCAGAAGCGGAGAAGGUGAAGAUGAGGAACCACCGGCUCGUGUCAGCCCUUGCGGUCGCAAUCUGGCUUGUUAUUACUAUCAUGGAUGUGGCGUCUUUGGUGUUUGCAGGAUUGGGAGAAGCCUGA